CAACAUUUUUUCUUUGUCCUUUCUCUUUUUUUGCUUUUGAUCUAAUUUUCUAUUUUGAGAUCAGCGUAAUUAAAGCAAAAGAAGGUUAUUUCUAAUGUAGAUGGUAAAUAAUGAAAAGCCUUAAUGAUGAUUAAAAACCAUUGACGUAAAUAGGAGGUGAACACAUUUAGUAUGAAUGUUUCAAUUGGAAUAAAAGUAAUAUCGAAUUGAUCGUUGAAGUAAUUGUGUUUCAAAACCAUUUCUAUUGUACUGUUGUAAUAUUAACGUUGAGUCGAAAUGAAUAAAACUAAAAUUUAUCGAAAAAAAUUGGAUAAAAAUGAGCGGUUGGUUUGUAGCGUACAGCCGGCGAUGUUUGCUCGUUUGAUAGUUGGUUUAUAUUACGACAUCAAAGUAUCCAAUCGCGUUAAAUGGAUGAUUAAAUCUUACUGUAUAUCUCUUUCCUCCUUUAUUUGCUAUCUUAUAAUAUUUCGUGAUGACAAUUUCUCAUUACACCCGAAAUUGACUUCUGUCAUGGAAUACAUAACGUAUGUGACCUUUUCUUUUUUAACUUGUGAUAAAUAUCUCUUCAGAUACCUACGUUUCAACCCCAGGACGGAUGGAUAUCCAAUAUUCUUGUAUCUUUGCAAGAAAUUUGAGAAGUUUUUCAAGAUCAUAAUUUGUUUAUUUGUUAGUUUUAAGAUACUUGGUGUCGUUUUAAUGAUGCAAAGUUGGCCAAUUCUUAGUACUCCAAAAUACAUCUGGGGAACUUUAGCACUUCAUUUUUUAUGGCUUGCGAGCCACAUGGGAAGACUGGUCUUUAUAUUAGUAUAUGGUAUUUUAUUUUGCCGCAUGAGAACUAUUCGGAUUAUUUUUGAAAACAGAGGUUUUCAGAACACACCUCAGAAUAGACUUACACCAAAAAGAUACAUUUUGAUGUAUGAAGCUGUGCUUAAUAGUAUCGAAAGUGUUGAUUUUCCUGUUAAAUUCUUGAUAUUCACAUUUAUUUGUUGCUUUGCACCAAAACUAGUAGUGUCAUUGUUUGAAAUUAUGGAAGAAAUGAAGAAAGGGGAACUCAGUUUGACCACAUUCAUAUGGUUUCUGGUGGAACUAUCACCUUCUUAUCUUUUCCUUUUAUUGUCAGCUAUUGCCCUUGAUCUAGUAUCCGAAGAUGUUCAGGAGUUGUUGAGUAUUACGAUUGAUAGGCGCUUGAAUUGUAAAAAUGAAAAAGAACGUUCGGAAAUUCAAGAAUUUUUCCAAUAUCUUCGGAACAAUCCCUUUAACUACACUCUAUGGCAGGUUGUGUCUCUAAAUCUGCGUACCUUACUUGUCGCAACUUCUUUUAGUAUUGCGAAUGUUAUUGCUAUUAUGCAAAUUAAGAAUAGCAAAAUUUAGGCGUAUACUCAGAAGUGACCAGUUUUACGAAGACGCGAUUUGUUUUUUUUCUCCUAUCCAUCGUUCAUAGCCUACAGAGAUAUUACGACUACGCGUGGACGGAUAGGUGGGCUCACGGACUCAACCUAAGAGAAUUUGCUAGCCCUUAUCAAGAGCAAUGCAUCGUCGAAUCUUACACUGUAUCGGAAUCGCAAACCACCGAGAAGAUUCAGCAAGAAACUCAGUGGAUUGUGUCUAUGGGCUAGGUUGCACGUUGAGCUCUUGGCUGCGUGUUACAGAAUGACUUAAACAGCCAUACAACUGUUGAAGAACUUUGAAAAGUGUUGUUCAACCUUCGUUUACAUUUCACAUUUUCCAGAAUACUAUUAUAGCGUCCUGAUAAUUUCUAAAAUAACACUAAACAAAUAAUCGAUUGUGACGUAUUCAAUCCCUCUUAUUAAUUAAGAAAAUGUAUCAUGUUUGCUCUAUUUAGUUGAUUAACCUAUGCUUUUCACCUUGUGGUUCAAUAUUUGCUAUUUUUAACAAUCAAUAAAAACCUGCACAUCAA